GAAAUUUAAUAAUUAUUGCUGUAUUAAUUUAUAUAGAUUUAACUGUGGCAUGUAUAUUUAUUUCAACAUGUGAUAUCAAUAUGGACAAAUUGGGAAAUGAACCUUACAUAGAUAACUUAAUUCUCCAAAAAAAAAAAGUAAGUUAACUUUAUGACUAUAAUUAAAAAAAUAAAAAUUAAUGGGACUCGAGAACUUUUUCAGCAUUUUUUGGCUCUUGAAAAAGAAUCUCUCUCUCUCUCUCUCUCUCUCUCUCUCUCUCUCUCUCUCACACACACACACACACACACUUACUAACCCUAAUAGCUCGAAUAGUUGAUACUCUCAUUCUCCAGUCACCUGCACACACUUGUGAAAUAUCCUACAUAGUUUGCUGAUUUUCUUGAAAUCUUUCACUUGUUAUAUUGUUCACUGAUCUCACUAGUAAACCCAAUGGCUCUAGCCAAUCAGCUGCCGCCGCUAGUAGAGCCACCGCCUCCGGCAGUGGAGGUCGAACCGAUCAGCCACUCUACAAGCCAUUCAAUAGAGACACUCGUGGUAGUUUUAGCAGUCAUCACAAUACUCGGAGUUAUAGCAGGGGUCAUCGCUCGCCUCUGUGGGGGCCGUCAUGUUGGGGGCCACGGUGAACAUGACGUUGAGGGGUGGGUGGAGAGGAAGUGCCGCAGCUGCAUUGAUGACGGCAUCACCACAGCACCACCGCCGCCGCCUGCGCCGCCAGCCAAGGAGGAGGAGCCGCCCAAGCCUGCAUCAACUGAAGGAUCAAAGAGGUGAGAGACGGUGAGCAUAAUCUUGGUUUGGGUGAAGCAAUAGAUACGUCGAAGUAACACAAGAUCUUAGCAAGAUUCUUCUUGAUGAUUUUCCCAACGACGAAAAUUAGCAAAAUGUAACAAAAUAGGUUUUGUACGUCUCGUUACAAGCUUAUACUCUUCAAAUUUUAUUUUUUUAACUUUUUUGUUAUUAUUUUUUUUUUGUUCGAGGCAGGCAUAAUUUGGUUUAAUACAGAGAAGAAAAAUCUAACAAAACACGAUAUACAGAAAAUUUAUGUACUAAACGACAAGGUUUCAUUACGCUAAUUACGAUUAAUCAAGAAAAGGGAAAGUAGCAAGUUGCAUUAAAUACAAAACAGAGUUGUCGGAUACUUACUACAGUGCAGUCGCACGAUCCCAAAAUGCUAAUUAUCAAAUCGUAGAUUUUCCAGGUAGGUGUACGAUUAAAGUACUUCUUGCUGUAAAUCAAGAUCAAGUUCAGAUCGUAAAUGAAUAAAAUUGAGCUACGCUGACCAAUCGCAAACACGUAACAGCCAGACUUCUCGGCAACGCAACCUCAUUAAAAGAAAAAUAUUAUCAAUUG